AUGGCACUCAGACCUCUCCAUUACCACCUUCCAUUAUUCCCAGGCUUCCAAUUACUGGAUGUGGCGGCCCCACUGGACAUUCUCAACAUCCGUACGCAGUACCCUGACACAUCGAGCAUCACCCUGACUGUAUCAGCCGCAACUCUCGACCCAGUCUCAGUGAAACCAAUCCCACCUGCCAAGGCAAAAUGGCGAUUUGAUCUCCCCUCAAACAUCAAUACAGCUUGCAAUCAGCAAAUGUUGCCACAGUGUACCUUCGCUGAUGUGAUUUCUGCCCUGAAAAUGGGAAAAGUUGCCGACGAUGGAAGUGGUGAAUUCAAACCUAUCGAUGUAUUGAUCAUCCCAGGUGGCCCGGGGACACGUCUGAACCGUAUUUACGAUAUCAAUACUACAUUCAAAGAAGUCAAGGUCUCCAACACGCAGGAGGUCCAGGACUUUCUGACUGCUGUUGCGCCCUAUGUCCGCCACAGCAUCAUUACGGUUUGUACAGGCAGCCAUGUCCUCUCCCAGACUGGGCUUCUGGAUGGAUGUCAGGUAACAACGAAUUCGGCUCGCUACGACGAUAUAACUAAACAAACAAGCGAUGUGAAGUGGCAGCGCAACAGACGGUGGCUGCGUGAUAGUAUUCCUGAGGAUGUGGUGUCUGACGACCUAUCGUUGCUACCUGGAAUUGAGAUCUGGUCAUCUGCUGGAAUCACUGCUGGGAUUGAUGUGAUGCUAGAGUUUAUUUCGGCGCAUUAUGGUGGUAUCGAAGUCGGGAAGGAGACUGCGAAGCGAAUGGAGUAUCGCUGGGAGCGGGAAAAGGAAGCUUCUUACUUCUUGUGA